AUGUCCGACGCGCCCCGGCCCUACUUCCUUGGACUGGGGUGUUCUCCCUCCCCCCUCUUGCCCUCUGUUGCUCCUGCUGCUGCGGCCGACCUCGUUGGCUUCGAGUCGGUCGGCGCUGCGUCUGUCCCUAGCGAGAAGUGCCGCACCGGCAAGGGCAAGGGGGGGCAAGGGCGCAGGGGGGGGCCAGUGGGGGCGGUGGAGGUGGUGGUGGAGGCAGUGGAGGGGGUGGGGGUGGUGGUGGGAGUGGUGGCGGGGGUGGAGGUGUCGGUGGCAGCAGUGGAGGCGGAGGAGGCGGCGGUGGUGGCGGAGGGAGCGGAGGCGGCGGCGGUGGCGGAGGCGGCGGAGGUGGCGGAGGCGACGGAGGUGGCGGGGCCGGCCCCUACCUGCGUCCCCUGCGUCGAGGGGCGGCAGCGCGCCGCUCCUCACUCCUCCGAGUUUCCUCCGACAUAG